UUCCAAGAAUCACUAAAAUGUCUGAAGAGCUUAAAGUCUUUACCAAGGAAGAAGUUGAAAAGCACAACAGUCCACAUGAUUUGUGGGUUAUUGUUAAAGGAAAAGUGUACGACGUAACCAAAUUUGAGAAACAUCCAGGAGGCAAAGAUCCCUUCAUUGAAUAUGCUGGACAGGAUGCCACAGAUCCAUUUGAGGACGAAGGCCAUUCAGCAACAGCUAAAAAGCAAAUGGAUGACUUCCUUGUUGGAAAGCUCGAAGGAGCCUCUGAUGAAGACGAUGGGGAAAUGGAAGAAGUUAUUGAUACCAACAGCGGUGAGAGAAUGAGAAUUAGAAAGAAAGGUAUUAUUCCAGACUCUGAGCUAAAGCAACACUGUGUUAAGGGAGAUUGCUGGCUUAUGAUUGAGGGAAGAAUAUACGAUGUCUCUGACUUUGCUCAUCCAGGAGGAAAGCAAAUUUUGGUAGAUAAUAGUGGAAGAGAUGCUACCAGAGAAUUUAUGGACGUAUGUCAUAAAGAAGCUCACUUGCAUAUGCCUUCCCUUUACAUCGGAGACUCUGAACUUAAGAACAACAAGGUAUGGAAUCCAGUUGCAGAUGAUAACGUAGAAGAAUCUAACACUCUAUUCUAUGUAGCCUCAGCUAUUGGCAUCAUUGCUGUUCUGUACUUGUUGGGACUUUUGUAACGAAUAAAGAAAUCUUUACACCAAAAUUUAUUCUCCAUUUUAUU